AUAAAAGCAGCCCUGAAGAACUCCCUUUGUCUUACAUUUUUGGAUUCCCAAUGUCCAAACCACAACUCUAAAAUAAAAUUUUUUUUUUGCCGCCUCCUCCUCUUCCAUUGAAAUCCCUCCCUCCUCCUGCUUCUUCUUCUAUUCUGUUUUUGUCUAUGGCAACUGUCUUGGUUCUUUCUUACAUAUAACUUUUGUCCUUUUUAUGUACAAAUGAAACGACCGCUACUACUGCCGCUACUACUACCAAGAGCUUCAAUGAAUUCACUUUAGUUUCUUACAAGACCAAAAGUGCCAAAAGAAGGGGGAGGCCAAUGUUUGAAAUGACCAGACUUCACCGCCGUUUCCAACGUAUCAAAAGUUCAGUCUUUGGCUUUGAGUUCUUGUUACCCACGUCCAUUGUUGCUCUUUUCCUUCUCAUUCUUCUAGCUUACAAUGGUUUCUCGGUCUUCUAUAUUAACCUCCCUGUUCCCUCCAAAUCUUCACCAGAGCCCGCCAAUGUUUUGCCCGAGAAUCUUCCCGGGGACAAGAAGGUGACAAAGUUGGCAUCCUCGGUGAUGUAUGCGGUGAAAGAAGAGAACCCACCUAUUAUUUCAAAGAUCCAUUUGCCUCUUCUGCAAAAACCAAACUUUUCAGUGGUUCCUGUUGAUAAGCCUUUGGUUUUUAGGCCAAAACAGGCUCGUUUAAGCCGUCAGAUAUUGAAGAUUCUGCGUUCAGGGACAAAAGCAAAGGGGUUCUCCGUCAAAGUUAAGGAUUUUUUUCACAAUUCCAAGUGUAAGUCUCGGUUUUUCAUGACUUGGAUUUCUUCAGUAGAGUCGUUUGGUGAUAGAGAAUUGCUUGCUGUUGAGAGUGUGUUCAGGUCACACCCAGAAGCUUGUUUACUUAUCGUGUCAAAUUCGUUGGAUUCUAAAAGGGGAAAGGUUGUUUUAAAGCCGUUUUUGGAUAGGGGGUUUAAGUUGAUUGCUUUUGAUCCUGAUUUUGAUUAUAUAUUCAAGAAUACCUAUGCAGAGUUGUGGUUUAAUCGAUUAAAGAAAGGAAAUCUUGAUCCUGGUGAGGUUUCUUUGGGUCAAAAUAUUUCUAAUUUGCUUAGACUUGCUUUGUUAUACAAGUAUGGUGGUAUUUAUAUAGAUACAGAUAUUAUAGUUUUAAAGAGUUUCAAUAACUUAAGAAAUGUGAUUGGUGCUCAAUCCAUCAAUCUUGAAACGAAGAAUUGGACCAGAUUGAACAAUGCUGUGCUGAUAUUUGAUAAGCACCACCCCUUGCUGUACAAGUUCAUUCAAGAAUUUGCUCUCACUUUUGAUGGAAACAAGUGGGGUCACAAUGGUCCUUACUUGGUUUCAAGGGUUGUUGCAAGAGUUACCGGUAGGCCUGGAUUUAACUUCACCGUGUUGCCUCCAUCUGCAUUUUAUCCGGUCGAUUGGAGAAGAAUUCGAAGUUUUUUCCAAGGGCCUAGAACUAAGGUUCAGUCAAAUUGGUUGCGUAAUAAGCUUGAGCAAAUCCGCAGGCAAAGCUUUGCGGUUCACCUUUGGAACAGACAGAGUAGGAAUGCUAGAGUUCAAGAAGGAAGCAUUAUUCAUCACAUUGUAUCAGAUUGCUGCAUCUUCUGCAAUUCUUCGCGGUCAAGUUUGUAAGUAAUAGAAUAAGGAACAGAUUGUCUCAGUAUUGCUCUCUUUUGGAAUGUUUAUGAUGUUAGUCAUACGCAGUUAUAUAUAGAAUAACUCCUGUUCAUUCCACCAUUAUAGUGUUGAAUAAGAUUGAAAGAAAAUGUGAAUCAGUUUUCUUCUA